AUGGACGGCCGUGGUAGAGACAUGGAAAAGCAGCCCCUCCACGACAAACACUCUCUCGCAAAAGACAUGACCAAUCACAUAUCUUCUAUUCUCUUCGACGACAAAUCUUCUGAAGACUCCGACGCACGCUCAGUCAUACAUUCGGUCGUUGAAGAAGCCGCUUUGGAAGAGCCAGGCUCAACUGAACAGUCAACCAAAGAUCUCUUACCAAGAGAUACCCACGCAGCGGCUGGUGAUGAUAUUCCCAAUGAUCCGAAUCAAGAAGAAGGGAAUAUGGAGCUACAGGCGAAGAUCGCACCGGCGAUUGGUGAAGACCUUUACGAAUAUAGAGUCGCUAACGAAGACUUGUCCAGCAUAGACCUCGCAAACGGAAUGACCGAUGAGUCUCUGAGCGAUACUAAUGAGUUUGAUGGCCAGUUUGAAGACUCGCUGCGCGAGAUUGAGCGGGUCACGAAGCUGUCAAACGACCUAGCUCAGCUCAUCCGACUUGCUGGUCCGUUCAAUAUCGAGCUUUCUCCUCCACCAGUCCCCCAGGUCAACCCGGAAGCUUGUUUGGAUGGGGCUCCUCCCGAUGUUCGGAUGCUAAUCUACAGAUACUUGCUGGUCAACCCAGAUCUCGGCGAAGUCACAUCUAUCAGCAAACACGAACAGUACGGUGCCACGGCUUCCUAUGGCCUGUCUCCCGCAAUCCUUGUGGUCAAUAAGAAGAUCCAUGGUGAAGCCAUGUCCAUACUUUAUGGGCUCAACACCUUCGUCAUGGCUUGCUCUCCAUGUUCUGAGCCUUCUGGCUCACCACCAGCUAUAUUGUCGCCCCUGACUCGCUUUAUUUCAGGGCCAUAUGGUAGCUCUUCUUCAAUCUAUGGUGAAGCAUCCAUUUCCCAUGUCAAGAAAUGGAAGGUCAUUAUUAGUGUCGAUGUCAGAGGCUUCUCGGCCAAGGAGCUGGUGCGACCAUCUUGGAGUUUCUGGGAAGCCUGUCGAGCACUUAGUCGCGGAAGUCCAAGGUUGGUUGAGAUUGCUCUAAUCCCAAAGGGGGUUGAGUUGAACGUCUUCGAAUCGGACUACCAGAGCCUGGAGAUUGCUCUUCAGCCGCUCAAAAUCUUGCGCGGCAUUGAAAACUUUGUUCUCAGAGACACGACUCCCUUCGAGAUUCCCGACUUCGUGGACGAGGAUGAGAAUGCUCUCGAGUUUAUCUCCCAGCUCCAAGACGAGACGGUUCUCGAAGUAGACUUGUACAAUUCGGCGACCAGCAACAACCCGGUAGAGCGCGGAUUCGAGAUGUUCAACGAGCUCUUGAUUUAUGCUCAAGCUUUCGAGAGAUCUCCCAUGUUCCGCCAAGCAAUGUCCCCCAUCUGUGAUGAGAGAUAUGGCGAUGUUCCCGAGCCAGCUUUGUCAGGAGACGACCUACACCUUUAUCACCAGCCCAGUAACCCAUUCCAAAUCGACGAUCUCGUGCACCCCAUCGAGGCGGCUCUUAGGCGCGCAAAGGCCCUCGUCAGAAACGAGGAGGACAUUCCGGCUUUCAAAAACGAGCGAGAUUUUAUUCUGCAGUACCUCGAGCGCCAGUUCCGAAACAUCUCCGCGGCUCACGACGGCAUGCUUGAAUUUGUCAAGGACGAGAAGGUCGACGAUGGCUUCUUCGAUUGUGCAGGUGAUCCCGAUCAAGGAGACACAUGGCCUCAAUACUACACGGCAAUGGUCCUCUUGGAAGAUUACGAGGCCUCCUUCCAGCGGGAAUCACCACUCCACAUCCGUGCUAGUAUGCACGAGCACAAGAAGUACUACGAGAGACUGUAUGAAGAUUUCGGUGUUGGCAAAAUCCAAAUGGAAGGCUUGAACAUGGCUAUCGACAAACAGAACUACGCUGGUUUCCACGCGAAAUUCAAAUCCGCCGUCGACAAACUCGACGGACAGUUCCUCGACAUCUGCCGUGCCAGAAAGAGCCUAUUCAAGUGGGACCCGGAGACUCUGGACGAUCGCCGUUGCGAUAUCCACCCUCAACUUUAUCGUAGCGAGGAGCUGAUUGUUUGGGAUGUCAACGAACCAAACCUGACUCCGUUGACGUACGAGCAGCACCGGUGGAUAUCUUCGGAUCAAGGAGAUGAUGCUAUAGGUUCCCAGAGUGGUGAUGGAUGGGAUCACAGCCGAUGCUCGGCUGGAUUUAAUGCCGACGAUGACUUCGACCAGUACGGAGCCACAGAUGAGGAUGGUGCUCAAUCAGAGGAAGGGGGAUCUUAUCUUAGCAGCGAUUAG